AAUCAUCGCGUUCUUGAUGCGACGACAGCCGAGUGUGGGAAUGAUCAUCUGACCAAAAUCCAGGCUGAGGCAAAAUGCAGUAAUUAUGUGUACGCUGGGCGUCUACCAUUUUAUUGGUGCCUAGGAUACUACCAGACUCCUCUGGAGACUCUGAGGGUUGGUUUCCUUUCGGACAACCCCUCCGCCGUGACCACAGCCUCUCCGUGUGCAGUGACUCCCGGUCUUGCGUAGCAGAGAUCUUUGCGAAGAAACUUCUCUACUUCGACUCAUGUGCUUGUGAGAGCUUUAAGCCACCCCUCGGACCCCCACGCUCCGAAGGGAAUGUGAUCGCUAUCCACCUGUGUUCGGUAUUCUCGGCGUCGAAUAUUGAAUCUCCGUAGGGUGAAACUAGGUUGAGGGAUAUCGAAGCUUCAAACAAGCACCCAGUCUCAGAAAUCAAGAAUGGAGACUUCGCAGAAUAUGUCCGCCCUGGUGGAAAGUGCCCGGAAGCUGGUUCUGAACCUGGGAAAAGACGAUGAAACGCUCCAGGAUUUGCACACCGAUGCAAUGUCAAUUUUACGGAAAUUGGAAACCAUGAAGGAAUAUAAUGACGAAGUCGCAAGCAUCGAAAACGCUGUGAAACCAUCCCAUCCGAGGAGCGCUCUAGUUGCUGCGAUACAGCAAGAGAACCGCCAAAUUAAGGAUCUUCAAAGACAGAAUGUGGAGCUCGUGGCCUCCCUCGAAGAGCAUCAGAGUACCCUGCAGAUGGUCAUGUCGAAAUAUAGGCAACAAGUUCUUGAAUUGACCAAAAACCGGGAAGUGGAACACGCCUGCGCGAAACAGCUCAACUCAACCCAGGACAUGCACCGGUUGGCUGAUAAGAUAUCUGAGAUGGCUGAAGUGAUGCGGCUCGCAGCUGACAUUGACGAAAACAAUUCGAACUGCGCCGAGGAGAAGGUGGCCCACUAUAAGAAAGAGAAUGAGGUCCUACGAGAGCUCCUCCAGAUCGCGAGUAGUUCGGGAUCCUUAAACAGAGAAUCGAUCGCCAACGGGUACGCGACAGUCAAGAAGAACGAUUUCGCGCAUCAGAGUAAAGACGUAAAAACCGAAAACGGGACCGUAAUGACGCCGACAGAAUCGACGAAACAGGAUGAGGAGAAAGAUUGUAAAUAAUAUCAAGAGCGACUCCAUCGCCCUAACACGGAGAUCAUAUCUUGGUCCACCGAUCGUCCUUUUUAUCAAACUGUGAAUAUCUUUAUUUUCCGAGAUCGGAAUGAGUCUAUGCCGAUCGAAUAAAGGAGUGAGAUUUC